CGGCGGGCGAGCCGCUGCGGGGGAGGGGGCUGCCAAGAUGGCGUCGGCCCCGGGGCCGUCGGCGACCGGGCUCUCCGCCCUGGACCCCGGGGGCUCUUCCUGCGCGUCCACAGGUUUCAACUUUCUGUGCUGUGGGGUCAGCCGUAAGAGAGCAUCUGGAAUCAAAAAACCCAUGACAUCUGAGGUGUCCUAUACCUCUGGCAUGCCCAUCAAGAAAAUAGGCCACCGAGGUGUUGAUUCCUCAGGAGAGACAACAUAUAAAAAGACAACCUCAUCCGCCUUGAAAGGUGCCAUCCAGUUAGGCAUUACUCAUACUGUGGGGAGCCUGAGUACGAAACCAGAACGGGAUGUCCUCAUGCAAGAUUUCUAUGUGGUGGAGAGUAUCUUCUUCCCCAGUGAAGGGAGCAACCUCACCCCUGCUCAUCACUACAAUGACUUCCGGUUCAAGACUUAUGCCCCUGUGGCCUUCCGCUACUUUCGGGAGUUAUUCGGUAUCCGGCCUGAUGAUUACUUGUACUCCCUCUGCAGCGAGCCGCUGAUUGAACUCUGCAACUCAGGCGCCAGCGGGUCCCUCUUCUAUGUGUCCAGUGAUGACGAGUUCAUCAUCAAAACGGUCCAGCAUAAAGAGGCGGAGUUUCUGCAGAAGCUGCUUCCAGGAUACUACAUGAACCUCAACCAGAAUCCUCGGACAUUGCUGCCUAAAUUCUACGGCCUGUACUGUGUGCAGGCAGGUGGUAAGAACAUUCGAAUUGUGGUGAUGAACAAUCUCUUACCACGGUCGGUCAAGAUGCAUAUCAAAUACGACCUCAAGGGCUCAACCUACAAAAGGCGGGCUUCCCAGAAGGAGCGAGAAAAACCUCUCCCCACGCUGAAAGACCUGGACUUCUUACAAGACAUCCCCGAUGGCCUCUUUUUGGAUUCCGACAUGUAUAAUGCUCUCUGUAAGACCCUGCAGCGCGACUGCCUGGUGUUACAGAGCUUCAAGAUAAUGGACUACAGCCUCUUGAUGUCAAUCCAUAACAUAGAUCACGCCCAGCGAGAACCCUUGGGCAGCGAAGCACAGUGCCCAGUUGACCUGCGCAGACCCGCCCCGCAAAAGGCUCUUUACUCCACAGCUAUGGAGUCGAUCCAGGGCGAGGCUCGACGCGGGGGCACCAUGGAGACUGAUGACCACAUGGGUGGCAUCCCUGCCCGGAACAGUAAAGGAGAAAGACUGCUGCUCUAUAUCGGCAUCAUUGACAUCCUGCAGUCUUACAGGUUUGUCAAGAAGCUGGAGCACUCUUGGAAAGCACUGGUGCACGACGGGGACACUGUGUCGGUGCAUCGGCCAGGCUUCUACGCGGAGCGAUUCCAGCGCUUCAUGUGCAACACGGUGUUCAAGAAGAUCCCCCUGAGGCCCUCUCCUUCCAAAAAGUUUCGGUCUGGCUCAUCUUUCUCUCGGCGAGCAGGCCCCAGCGGCAACUCCUGCGUUACUUACCAGCCAUCCGCCUCUGGGGAGCACAAGGCACAAGUGACAACAAAGGCAGAAGUGGAGCCAGGCGUCCACCUCGGUCGUCCUGAUGUUUUACCUCAGACUCCUCCUUUGGAGAAAAUCAGUGAGGUCUCGACUAUUCCUGACCCCUGUUUCUCGCCUGUAGUUGGAGAGACUUUGCAGAUGCUAACUACAAGUUCAACCCUCUUAGAAAAACUUGAAGUUACAGAGUCAGAGUGCAAUCAUUGAGUGAAAGUCCUCAGAAGAUCUGGAACAAGGUCCUACCAUCUGCGUGAUGCCAAGAAGUCGGCCCUUGCCCAGCAAUGCUGAGUUUUCUUCUUGGUCCUCCAGCGGGAGGGUGACGGAGGGUCGUGAGUGCCCCCUCUCCUUCCCCUUCCUCGUGAAUGGGCAUUAGCUAGUGCCUCGGACGGCUGGGGACCACAGCACCCCUCCACUCCGUGGCUCUUCAGACGGCCAGCUUUGGCUUCUGCAACUGAAUUGUUUUCCACCCCAGUUGUUCCUGCUGGACGUGGUAUUGCUGAGCCCGGCGGUUUCCUUCCCCCUCCCCUGCCUUCCACCCGGAGCUGGACUCUUAGUUUUCUCAGGACAGACCGGCCGGCGCAUUAUUUCCACCGUAACUCUUUCUGGAAGGAGAGCCUUGUAAUCUGUGUAAAGAUUUUGGUGGGAGUGAGGUUGUUUAACCACCUCCCAACCUUUUUUUUCCCCUUUAAAAAAGGAAAGUCAGCUCAUGGCACAGCCCCAGCCGGUUUCCAGGAGCCUCCAGAGCAUGAGAGGGGCCGCUUGCCGGGCGCCCGUGUCCUGGCAGGCAGAUGCGGAUUCCGGGCCAGGAGCAGCCCCUCUUCAGCUGUUCCUCUCGAUGAAUUUCUCAAGAUGGAAGGAAUGAAGCAGACAGGACAUGGGGUGACUCUGUACCCCUUUCUUUAAAACAGUGGGGCAGUCACAGGCUGAGUCAGAGCCCUCCCCAUGGAGCCUUCCCACUGCCAGGCCAUCAUGACUAUUACUGUUUUGCCAUUUGAAAUGUAUUCUGGUGGUUUCUCUAAAUAUGAAGACUUAUCAAAUGAAUUUUAGAUCCUUCUCCAAAGGAGGUUUCUUCCUUACUCUUCCCACCUUUUGCAUCAGUAUUCUGCUGCGUGUGGAGCUGAGGCGGAGCGGGGGCCACUCAUGUCCGGCUAGCAGGCUGUCCGUAGCUGUAAGGCCAGAGAACAUGCUCAAGUUCUUGGGGAUUCAGCCGAUUCUUGCCUCGGCGAGUUACUGCUGAAUCCCUCGCCCGGCCCCCUCUUCGUGCAGAGGACUUGGAAAUGGGGGCUGUCACCCCUUCCUCACCCGCUCCAGGAGCAGGCGUGCGCCCCACCCCGCCCGGGCCUGGCCGGCGGGGCCUGGACGGCCCCAUCGCAGGCAGCUUGUUGAAUCCCGUACUCUCCGCCCGCCCCAGCCGAGUGGGUGAGCCCCGCCCGAGUAACUGUCUAUAUUAGACGCCCCCAGCCGGCUUCUGGCUGCGCUCUUUGCUGCCCUGUUCUUUUUUUUACAAGACGGAAAAACAAUUCUUGCUAUUUUUUUCAUAAUUUACUAUUUAUGAUGUAUUUAAGUGUUUUAUCCAAGACUAUUUGAGGGACUAUUUGAGGGAGGUCUGGGGCUUAGGGAAGGGAAUGGGGUACAACAUUUUUAUGAAGUGUCACUAUUUGCCCCGCUUUGUAUUGUUCAGAAAUGGGAAAUACAGUAUAAAAAUGAUAAAUACCUGGUUUUGAUGUAUUAAACUUUCAUCAGUUAUUUAGACUGUCUUGUUUCUUCCUGGCUCUUUCUCACACCAUCUCUUCCACCCUCCUGUCCCGCCCCCGGGCUCAGGUGUGUUCAGACUGCCCUGAAGCAGGGCUGCGCCUCUUCUGCGUCCCUCACCCCUGCUUCAGGCCACCUCAGACCGAGAGAGAAGUGGCUUUGUUGCUUCGUUCCUGCUUCCAGCCUCCUGACGACAGCGUGCCGGGAGAGGCUGCAGGGCACGUGCAGGGAGUUUCUGUAGAUCUCUGGUCCCGAUCACAGCGCACU